GCUAAUGCUAACAGCUCGCCGGUGUUUCGCGGGCCUUGCAGACUCACUGGUAAACCGAGAGAAUUAAAUAUGUGUUUCUGAGCAUGAAUUCACCAGCAGGCCUUCUUUUACCACAUCACACCUCGUUUUUUCUUCGUUAGGGAUGCCUUUACUCGAGUAGAUAGCCGCUCCCUGAGCCGUAAAUUCCGCUAGCCGCUCAUGCUAACUCACCUCGUCAGUCCGGUUCUUCGAGUCUGCACCCUCGUUAGCCGGCGAGCUAAGUUAGGCUAGCGGGGAAAAGGUUCGAUCAGGAAUGGACCUGAAUUCGCGGACUCUGGGCAGUCGACACGAAUUCGUCCGGGAAUGUUGAGGGAAUGUCAAGACGACCAGUAGGAUACGACCGGGAGCAUCCGGCAGCUAAACUCGGCGGCGAGACCCGUGGAUGCCUGGGCUGACAGCUAGCUUAGCAUCAUCACGCUAGCUGAUACAUUCAAGUGAAAAUCCACGGCGAAGUCCCGGACACCGACUACGACGAGAGCACGAAAGAGCUCCUCUAGUGGUUCAAAUAGAAACACAGAAAAGUGGCCCAACCUGUUUUCAGUCAGAAACACAAAAACACCCUCAUCUAAUGCAUAGUUUAGCCGUAAAUCAGCAGGGCAGGGGCUGAUCCAGGGCGGAAACUUCAGCAAACUGAGACCGGGGAGGGACCCACAACCCCGGGCCAGGCCUCACCUUUAUGCUUACCUGUUGAUGAAUUAUUGUUUUGUUUAACCUCAGAACACUAAAAUUAGUAACAUUAGUGAUUUUUACCCGAAAUAAUAUACACAAGAAAAAAUACUUGUCCCCAAAAUAUCAAAAUAGUACAAUACAUGACAAAUUAAAGUAGUUUUCUUUUAUUUUUAACUGUGCAAUGUCCAAAGAGAGGGGGGAAAGUGCCAUAAUAAUAACUUCAUUUGUAUAGGACUUUUAAAAAACAGUUUACAAAGUGCUUUAACAUGUAGUCAUAGAGCACCUAAACAAAGUUAAUGAUAUAAAAUUGAGACUAAAAAGGUAUGUUUUGAGUUUGGUUUUAAAGUCAUUAAGACUAGUUUCAGUCCUCAGGUCUUCAGGUAAGCCGUUCCAUAGAUGGGGGCCAUAUUAAUAAAAAGAUGUCUCACCUUAUGUUUUAGUUUUAACUUUAGGGAAUGUUAACAGAGAACUUCCUGAAGACCUGAGGACUCGACCUGACUCACUGGACUGGAUUUUUCAACAAAAAGAUUUAGUUUACAAGUUAAUCUGAAUCUUUUAAAAUUUAAGAAAUUCAAUUAGAUCUGAAUCAAAUAAAUAACACUCAAAGUAAUCUCUCUUAUUUCAGCCGGACUAUCACUUUUAAGGUCAUUCAACUCAUGGACCAAUCAGAGAAGGGGACAAUUAUCUUCUCUGCAUUGCACCUGGUGGAUCUGCAGCUCAAGUCCUGCUAGCUGCAGACAUCAACACCCACUCACACCCUCAUUUUUCCUGUAAAAGCUGCAAAACCUAAAUGUUGAGAAUGGAGUCAUUGUCAAAGGUGGAUGAGCCAUUUCCUACACCUCCACCUUACUUCUUACCAGGUAAAGUCCUCUCUCAAACUGUUCGUGUUACACAUCUGUUUUCCCUCCACAAACGAAUGUAACAUCAACUUUUUUCAGAUGAAAGUCAGACAGGACAUCACGUGUCAGUGUACCACAUUCACUCUCCUUUCACCCCUCCACCACCUCCGUCCUUCUCCUUUUCCCCUGGAGUUGCCUGCUCCACCCAGAACAACACACCUGUACAAGGUAUGAGCACACUUAAUCUCCCUCCAUUCUGACAGUCUGGGCUUGAGUUUCACCUUUUGUUCACUUUAGAUUUCAGUACAAACUUUCCACAACAGCCAUUUCGGUGGUUUUUAUCACUGGUAUCACAGUUUAGAUGUGAGUGUUUUUUAUCCUUCUUUGUCCUUUCUCUCUAGUAGGUGCUCUGUCUACUCCUAGACCAAAGUUUGUGAGCUAUGAAACUCAGCUGCACCGCUACCCGGCUCUGACAACCUGCCCGUCCUGUCAGACUCAGGUCACCACACAGGUCACCUACCAGGUCGGCACUUUCGCGUGGCUCAUGUGUCUGGUGUUUGUGUUAUGCGGGUGAGAACAGACUCAUACAAACUGCCCUCUGUGUUUAAUCUAAUUACCCAGCAUCAAUCACCCUGCACACGCUCACAAACACACAGUCAAGCUGCAGAUAUUGAUGUUGUUUCCGUCUCCCAGGUUGCUGUUUGGAUGCUGUCUGAUCCCGUUUUUUGUGAACCGUUUCAAGGACGCCUUUCACACGUGUCCCCGCUGCCGACGGGUCCUUCAUGUGCACAAGAGGACCUGCUGUGAUUCAACGCUGAUAUGACUCGACUUCUUAUCGCAGCAAAGGUCCAAACUGAUGAUCACAGUGAAAUGAAUGUGAGUGUUUUAGAGUCAGUCAGGAUGACUUGAAUGUGAAGAUUGUGUUUGAAUGUAUAAUAUAUUAGGAGAAACCCAGUAGUCCCUAUUGUUUACAGUUCUGAGAUUUUUAACUCUGAUUUUUUUUAUCAUGUUUUGUAACAAAAACUUUCAAAUAAAUGUUUUUCUGUGG